AUGCUAUUCGAAGACCCAGAGUUCGGUCCAAAUGAGUAUUCUAUAUAUGGAGAAAACCCAACGAUAGACAUCUCGUAUAAAAUUCAAUGAAAAAGGCUUGUAGAAGUGCUAGGGAUACUUACAAGACUAUUUUCUGACGAGAUGGUUUUCACUGAUAUAACUCAAGGGCGCCUAGGUAACUGCUGGAUCGUCAGCGCUAUAAUUGCAUUAACAGAGAUGCAGCCUUUUAAAAUAUGAGUCAUGUUUGACCAAGAUAAAGCAAAUCAUAAGAAAGGAAAAUACAUUAUAAGGUUUUAUGAGCAUGGCGAGCUCAGAAAAGUCGUCGUUGAUGAUUUAGUACCAUGCUGCGCAGACACAGGUAAGCCUAUUUUCGGCAUGAGUAAUUGGAUUGAUAAGUGGUGGCCACUAUUAGAAAAAGCUUAUGCAAAAGUGUAUGGCUCUUAUUUAGCUUUAGUAGCUGGAUUUACUCAUGAAGCCUUUAUGGAUCUGACAGGGCUUCCUUCAUUUAAAUAUGAUAUAUAGCUUAUUAACUCUAAUGGCUAUAUAUAAGUAUUUAGUUUCGCCUUUUUUUAAAAAUAUGGAUGCUAUUAAGGCAUGAGAGGCAAGGCAUUACCUAUAGGCUGCUAUUAGUGCUUUCACAUUAUAAACAAAAAUGAAGCUGAUAAUAUUAAGCGUAGGCUUAUUAUGAAUUGUCGCAAGCAAUUCCCAAUGGUAGCUUCUACUAAGUGUGGUAUUAGUGAAAGUUUUGGAAUGAGACCAAAUCACUGCUAUACAAUAUUAAGAACAAUUCAAGCAGAUGGCUAUUUUCUUAUUAAUUUGAGAAACCCUUCAGGAUACAGCAUGUGGAGCGGAGAUUUUAGUCUGAACUCUGAACUCUGGACUCAAAGUAUCAUAAAUACAAUAGAAAGAGUUUGGUCACACUUCAAUUUAAGAGAUGGUAGCUUCUGGAUGGAAUAUGCAGAUUUUUUGAUGUAUUUUGAUGUCCUUUAUGUAUGCAAUAUAGAGCUUGGUAAAGAAAAACGCGAAAAAAAUAUUUUUAAAAAAGUUAAAAAAGGAGUCGGCUCAAAAGCGACAUUUUACUAUAAAGUAACUGUUGGAGAAGAAGGAGCAGAAGUCGUGUUUGGGCUUCACCAAGAAGACGAAAGAAGUGUAGGGGUUAAAGAAUGCAGAAAAUACUUAGAUCUAGGGAUUUCAGUGAUGAGAUUAGAUGACAAAAAAUAUAAGCCAUAUUGCUGCUCUAAACAAACUGCUCUAAGUAGAGACUCACAAUUGCAGAUGUUCUUGCCUCAAGGAGAAUAUAUAGUUGUCCCAAUCAGUUCUGGGACAUCUUUAACUAGACCGAAAAAUUCUUGAAAAAAAUGUUUCCCUUUAAUUGCUGAUAAAUCAAAAAUGCAUCCUCUAUUUAAAAGCGCAAUAAAGGAUAUUUUCCGAAGGGCUGAUAUCCAAAUGGAGCAAUCUGUGGGCUACAAAGAAUUUAUGGCUGUAUACCACAAAGUAGACGAAUUUAUUACUGAAGAAUAUUUUAAUGAGGAAAUAUGUGGGACCUUUGGAAAACAUAAUCGACUGACUCUAAAUGGCUUUUACCAGUUUUUUUGUGACCAAGCCCUAGAGGAUGAAGAGGAGACAAGAAAAACUUUUAAAUGACUAGGCUAUGAUAAAGAUUUUUACAGUGAAAAGUGAAGAACCGUAGUAUUUACUCUACAUUCAAAUAAAGAUGUUGAUUUAGAGACACAAAGAUUAAAUGAAGAAACAAACUUGAAAGCUUGGAAAUCAAUGGCAAAACUUCAUGGGGAAGUUGAACGCUCUAAAAAUGUAGAUAUUUAUAAAAUAAAGCAAUCAGACGGUUGGUCUAUCCUAGCACAUAACAAGUCCGCUGAAGUGAUAUCCAUAAAAUCAGAUUUCAGUGAGUCUUCUAAUGUGAAUUUUGCUACAGGGUCUGAGAAAUGCGAAAAUCUUCUGGGCCCUGGAUCCUGACAAAUAAUUCAGCAUUUAUUUCGAAAGGAUGAAAAUUUAAAUGCUGAGUGCAGAAAGAACUUUAUGUUCCAUAAAAAAAUUAAUGUUAAUUAUAUAUAA